GUCGUUUUGUUGGAAAACAUGUUGACUAGUUACAACGGAGAACAACCUGAAGAACCGGAAGCAGAACAGCCAGUACAAGUCUCACACGAGCAAACUCUGCUUAAGUUUAUAAAAACCAAAAUAGAAAAGAAGAAAAGAAACAAUAGAGUCGACGCAAUUGUGGUUCUUCGACAAUAUUUUGAAAAAAUGAAUACCGGAAAUGAUUGCAACCCAUUAGAGUAUUGGAGGAGCAAUGAAAGUGACAUGCCAAUGUCUAGCCAAUGUGGCAAGGAAAGCUCUGUGUGUUCCCGCAACCUCGACGGAGUCCGAGCGGAUGUUCUCAAAGGCCGGACAAAUUAUUUCGGAUCGUAGAUACGCGCUGAAACCGAAAAUUGUUGAAAAACUAUUGUUUAUCAACAAAAAUUGGUGGAUUACCGAUUACAACACUUAGUAACUUCGUAAAUAAGGAUAAAAAAAAACUAUGAAUUAUUUUAUAUUGUUUUGAGACUGAUAUUUUGAGAGUAUGAAUAAACCGUUUA